AUGACAGACUCGGUAGAAUGGCCGUUGAACAGACCGGUGUCGGCUCAUCUAACGAUCCACUACAGGGAUGGGCCCAACGCGGACCGCGACGGGGCCCAGGAUGGCAGCGACGGCGAAGCUGAGAGGAAGGUGGUCAGAACGGUGCUCAACAUAGAUACGGAGCCGAUGCAUGGCGAUGCGGUGUCGCCUUUGGCGACUCCGCACUCGUCUCGGAGGUCCUCCGGGGGAUCGGGCUGCUCACCUUCGCCCUCACACGCGAGAUCGGUGUCGCAGUCGCAGGCGACUGCCAAUCAGUAUGGGCCUUGUGGGUUUCGUCCGGACUUCGGCAACAACCACUACGUAGCAAGACGUUUCAGCGCGCCCGAUAUGCCGCCCCAGUUUGCUAGUUCGAUAUCCGCAACACCUUUUGUCAGAAGUUCCUCGUACAAGGAUGCGCUGGCUACAAGAGCGGAUGCAAGCGAUGCGGCCGAGGCGGCCGAGGCGGAUCAUGAUACCCAUGAUCCCAACCAGAGAUACCACCCAAGACGGAACUCAAUUGCAGUCAAGUUUCGCAAGGCGUCAUACAGGAAGGCGUGA